GAGAAACUCGAAUUCGGGAUCAGAACAGGGUUCGUUUGGAACGGAUGGUCCAUUCCCAAAGUGUCUUCCUCGACUGUCGCGGACUCCCGUGUCCCACUGGCCGUGGUUGCUUCAAGUUGUAGGGGUUCGUUCCAGUCCUCAGCCGGUUCUGCACCGUGACCAAGUUAGUUCUGAUAUCCAGGCGCACUUCAGAGACUUCCGCUUACAGUGUUGUUUCCCGUGAUCUUUG